GCGUGGCUUUUAUACAUAUUUCCGGAGCUAGCGACGCAUGUAUCUUUCUUUUCAAUUUGUCUUUUUUCAAUGUCUGAAAAUUGGUAAAAUAUCAAAAAAUCUAAAUUUGAUUGUAAAUUUGUUUUCUGUUACUUAUGAGGUUUUAGCUUAAAGUCAAUCUCUAAGGGCGCUUCAAUCAAGACUAUAAAUAUGUCUUCCUCCGAAGAGGUUUCUUGGAUCUCCUGGUUCUGUGGUUUGCGAGGAAACGAGUUUUUCUGUGAAGUAGAUGAAGAUUAUAUACAAGACAAAUUUAACCUCACAGGUUUAUCUGACAGUGUACCACACUAUAGACAAGCAUUAGAUAUGAUUCUUGACCUUGAACCUGAUGAUGAACUCGAGGAUAAUCCCAGUCAUAGUGAUGUGGUAGAACAAGCCGCUGAAAUGUUAUAUGGUCUCAUUCAUGCCCGAUAUAUUUUGACAAAUCGUGGUAUUGCUUUGAUGAUUGAAAAGUAUCAAAAUGGAGAAUUCUCAACAUGUCCAAGAGUUUAUUGCGAAAAUCAACCACUUCUUCCCAUUGGUUUGUCUGACAUUCCUGGAGAAGCAAUGGUUAAAGUGUACUGCCCCAAGUGUAAUGAUGUGUAUAACCCUAAGUCCAGCCGCCACCAACACACCGAUGGUGCAUAUUUUGGCACUGGAUUCCCCCAUAUGCUUUUCAUGGUUCACCCUGAGUAUCGUCCUAAAAAACCUACUUCUUUGUUUGUUCCGCGUUUAUAUGGUUUCAAGAUUCAUCCGAUGGCUUAUCAACUUCAACAGCAAGCAGCAGCUAAUCAUAAACCAAUUAGACCAAUUACAUAUGCCAACAGUAACAAAAGAUAAAGAAUAAAUUAGAAAUUUCUUGUUCUGAACUCACAAUUUUGAUUCAUAAAUAUUUAAUCUUUAUUAAUUACAAUUCCAUCAAUAUUUUACAUUGUCAUUUCAUUUGAAUCAAUUACAUAUUUUAUCAAUCUCGUC